UGCCGGGGGUUAACAUGGCUUCGAAAGGACCGGCCGAUAGUUGGACUGAGGAGGCAAUUUGUCCCAUCUGCCAGGCUUUCUUCACCGAUCCAGUUAUACUGGAGUGCGGACACAACUUCUGUCGCUCUUGUAUCACACGGUGUUGGGAAAGGGAGGAGAGAAACUCCUGCCCGGAAGGUAGAGAGGUGUUCGCUGACCGCACCCUCAGGGUGAAUCGGGCCUUGGCAAAUCUGGCUGAAAAAGCUCGAAAUCUAAACCUGAAUCUGAAAGUGAAGGAAAGUAAACAUCACUGCGAGGAACAUGAGGAAGAACUGAAGCUGUUCUGUGAAACGGACAAUACACUGAUCUGUCUGAUCUGUAGAGAUGCGCAGGAACACAGAGAGCACCGCUUCAUGCCCAUUAAAGAAGCUGUUCGAAUCUACAAGGAUCAGCUAAAAUCGUCCUUAGACUCUCUCACAAAGAAGAAAUCAGACUUCCAGGCAAAGGAGCAGCAACAGAAAGAGAAGAUUACCAGAGUUCGGAAACAGUCACACAGCGUUGAGACCCACAUCACAUCCCAGUUUGCUGAACUGCGCCAGAUUAUCACUGAGAAAGAGCAGAGCUUACUCGGGGAUCUCAGGAAGGAAGAGGAGAUGAUUCUAAAUCCAAUGGAGAAAAAUCUUUGUGAGAUUCAAGAGAAUAUAAGGAUUAUUCAGGAGGAAAUCUCAAAGUUAAAGGAACAGAUGGAUGAAAAAGACAGUGUGAUAUUUCUCAAGGAGGAAGCUCGUCGGGACAGGAGGAUUAAUGAUGAUGUCCAUGAAUUGUCAGUGACAGAUGAAGCCCUACCAGUUGAAAAAUUCUAUCACCCCUAUUUGUUGAACACAGUGCUGAGAGAAACACUUGAUGCCAUUAAUCGAGUCUCUGUCACCCUGGAUGUGGAAACGGCACAUCCCCGGCUUGAGGUGUCUGAGGAUCGGAAGAGUGUGAUAUUGACCUGGACCCACAGGGAUCUCCCUGAUGCUGAGAAGAGGUUCACAAAAAGGUUUUCUGUGCUCGGAUCGGAGGGAUUCACAACAGGGAGGCAUUACUGGGAGGUGGAGGUGGCCGGAAUUCGGGACUGGAGGCUGGGAGUCGCCGCAGAGUCUGUGGAGAGGAAAAGAGAGGUCGAACUCAGCCCAGAGACCGGAUUCUGGGUCAUCAGGCAGGUUGAUGACGUGAUCAGUGUUUCCCACUCCCCUGAAUCCUGUCUCCCUGCCGGUCCCAUUCCCAGGAGGGUGGGAGUUUAUCUCAGUUACGAGUCCGGGACAGUUUCAUUUUACAAUGCAGAGACCAAGUCUCAUCUCCACACCUUCACUGGGAAUAAAUUCACAGGGAAACUUUAUCCUUUAUUUGCCACAUGGGAUGAAAAUCAGUGGCUGAGAAUUCUCUCCGCUUCCGCUCUGGGUAUGUAAUUGCGUCAGGUCCUGGGACAGGCGUCAGGAGUAAAGUCCCUGUAAAUAUAAAUGUGUGGAGAGUGAAAUAAACGUGAUAUGAGAAUUAUCGAU